AUGAAUCACGGCCUGUCAGCCCGCGGCCAGGAGGCGGCGAAGCCGAACGACGGUUUGCUACUCUGGGCUAUUGUUCGCGACCUAUGGAAUCCGAGCACAAACCCAAACGGCUACGUGAGCCUAGGCAUCGCCGAAAACUCGCUCAUGCACGACAGGCUGUCUGAACACAUACACAAGAAUCUCGCCGUGCCGUCUCACUCCUUCACGUACGGAGACGGCACGACUGGCUCUAAGCGGCUGAAGUCUUCUCUUGCUCGGUUCUUGACCGAUCGACUUCACCCCGUCGCGACUAUUCAAGCGGAUCAGAUUUCGGUCACCAACGGCUGCAGCUCUGCGAUAGAGCACCUGGUGUGGUCGCUGGGCAACCCUGGCGAUGGUUUCUUGCUCGGACAGCCGUACUACGGCGGAUUCGUUCCCGAUGUAGUGUACCGAACUGGCUGUGAGCUUGUGCAGGUUCCGUUUCACGACGUUGAUCCACUCGGGCUUGAUGCUGUGCAGAAGUAUGAGGAUGCACUGCUGGCUGCUCAGGCGAAGGGAACUAGAGUCGCUGGUCUCAUCUUGUGUCACCCGCAUAACCCUCUCGGGCGGUGUUAUCCUCGGGAAGUUAUCGUGGGUCUUAUGCGCCUGUGCCAGAAGCACGACGUCCAUCUCAUCAGCGACGAGAUAUACGCCCUAUCGAUCUGGGACAACAAGAUUGAUAACGACCCUCCUCCCGUACCUUUUGAAUCUUGCCUUUCCAUCGAAACGGCGGGCAUCAUGGACGCUCAUCGACUCCAUAUUCUCUGGGGCAUGUCUAAGGAUUUUGGCGCAAACGGCAUUAGACUGGGAGCCAUCAUUUCUCAGAACAAUCCUUCGUUCCAUAACUCUUUGACGCCAGUCGGAAUCUACAGCUCUCCUUCUUCGAUUUCAGACCAUGCCACUGCGAACAUUCUUGACGACAAGGAGUGGGUCGAUGGCUAUAUCGCGGAGAACCAACGAAAGCUACAAGAGCAUUACGAACUAGUCGCGACCUGGGCAAAAGACAACGGAAUAACUUACGCACAGGGCGCGAAUGCGGCCUUCUUCUUAUGGGUAGACUUGGGCAAGGCCUACUUGGAACGUCACCAGGACAGACGCGUUGAGGAUCUUACAGGGGAGGUCAUGCGCGCCUUGUUAGACAACAAGGUGUUCAUCGCUUCUGGAAAUCAGUUUGGGUCUGAACAGCCAGGGUGGUUCCGAAUCGUGUUUUCAAACAACAAGGACUUGUUGGUUGAGGGAUUGAAGCGCAUUGUUGAAGCGAUUAGCAAGUAG